GGAGCUCCAAGCUUUGCCAUGGGAGUGGACACGCGCCACCAAUGGCCGCACUCCACGCCAAGCUCCCACCGGCGCCGCCAGGCCACCGACCUCCGCCGCGCGUCAACCUCCGCGAGACGUCGGAGGUCGUGCGCGAAUGCAAACGGCUGGACGGGCUCAUGAAGGCCGGCAGGCUGGCGGACGCGCUGGACCUGUUCGACCGGAUGCCCACCAAGAACGUGGUCGCGUGGACCUCCGCCGUGUCCGGGCUCACGCGCGGCGGACAUCCCUUCGCGGCGCUGGAGAAGUUCGCGGACAUGGUGGCCUCGGGCGUUGCGCCGAACGACUUCGCGUGCAACGCGGCGCUGGCGGCGUGCGCUGCCGCGGGCGCGGCCGCGCUCCGCGCCGGGGAGCAGGUGCACUCGCUCGCCGUGCGUUCGGGUCUCGCCGGGGACGCGUGGGUAGGCUGCUGCCUGGUCGAGCUCUACUCGCGGUGCGGCUCCCUGCGCGCCGCCCAGGACGUGCUCGACCGGAUGGAGUCGCCGGACGUGGUGGGGUACACCUCGCUCGUCUCGGCGUUCUGCCGGAGCGGCGAGUUCGGUCUGGCGGUGGAGGCGCUCGGGCAGAUGAUUGUGCGGGGAGUUGAGCCGAACGAGCACACGAUGACGAGCGUCCUGGCGGCGCGUUGCCCGCUGGUUCUCGGCGAGCAGAUACAUGGGUACAUAAUCAAGGCAGUGGGCUCGCCGUCGCAGAGCGCCUACGCGUCGAGCGCACUGAUCGAUUUCUAUUCGAGAAAUGGUGAGUUUGACAUGGCGAAGAUGGUGUUCGACAGUCUGCAGUGCAAGAAUGUGGUAACCUGGUGCUCCAGGAUGCAAGUGCACAUCAGGGAUGGGAGGCCGGAGGACGCAUUGCAAGUGUUCGGUGACAUGCUCUCGGAGGGUGUCAUCGAUCCUAACGAGUUCGCCUUGUCGAUUGCUCUUGGUGCAUGUGGAUCCAUCACCCCAGGGCGGCAGCUUCACUCUUUGGCCAUCAAGUGCGACCUAACCACUGAUCUCCGGGUGUUGAAUGCCCUGCUCUCCAUGUAUGGAAGAAGUGGUUUUGUUGAAGAACUCGAGGCCGUGCUCAGCGACAUCGAAAAUCCUGACCUUGUCAGUUGGACAGCAGCUGUCUCUGCAUAUUUCCAGAAUGGCCAUGGUGAGAAGGCCAUAGCAUUGCUCUCCCGGAUGCACUCAAAGGGUCUCAUGCCAAACGACUAUGCCUUCUCCAGCGUGCUGAGUUCCUGCGCUGACUUGGCACUGCUGGAUCAAGGGAGGCAGUUCCAUUGCUUGGCUCUGAAGCUGGGAUGCGACUCAAAGGUCUGCACUGGGAACGCGCUGGUUAACAUGUACUCCAAGUGUGGCCAGAUCGUCCCCGCCAGGCUCGCCUUUGACAUCAUGGAUCACCGCGACGCGACGUCCUGGAACUCGCUGAUCCAUGGCUACGCGCAGCACGGGGAGGUGAACAUGGCUCUGGAGGCGUUCAGCGAGAUGUGCUCCAUUGGUGAUGGUGAGCCAGACGAGUCGACGUUCCUGGGAGUCCUAGCAGCAUGCAACCACGCUGGGCUGGUGGACGAAGGAAUGACAUUCUUCAAAUCAGUAAUGGCUAGCCGGUAUGGCGCCUCCCCGACACCCUCACACUACGCCUGUGUGGUCGACAUGCUGGGCCGGAGUGGCAGGUUCGACGAUGCGCUCAGUUUGAUCAAGGACAUGCCAUUCGAGCCUGGUGUGCUGAUAUGGAAGACACUCCUGGCGUCGAGCAGGCUGCACGGCAACCUGGAGGCCGGGAAGCUUGCCGCGGAGAAGCUUGCGGAGCUCUCCGAAGGGGGAGAGGACCGGGACUCGGCGAGCUAUGUGCUGAUGUCAGGCAUCCAUGCGAUGCUUGGGGAGUGGGGUGAUGCCAGCAGGGUGCGGUGGAGGAUGGACAAUGCAGGGGUGUGGAAGGAAGCAGGGUGCAGCUGGGUGGAGGUCAAGAACGAGGUGCACGCCUUCGUCGCCCGGGACGCGUCUCACCCGGACUCGGCGUCCAUGUACCAGAUGCUCUGGGAACUAUUUGACGCCAUGCGAGAUACAACCUACCACAAAGAAGAUGUUGAAUUGUUCGAUGUACAUAUGCAGAAUUAAAUGUGAAAAAUAUACAUAUUUUCGAGU